AGGAAACGUUCUCAAGCUGAUAUUCAUUGGAUUUUAUAUUUAAAACAGUCUUACAUACAGUCUUAAGAUGUCAUGAAUUAAUAUCAGGGCCCAGUAUUUAUAAUUGGUUCUUAUAUUUAAGAUUGUUUUAAAUAUAUUCUUAAGAUGUCACAACCCAAUCAGAAGAUUAUAUUGACAUCUUAAGCAUUGCUUAAGACAAUCUUGAAAUAAGAACGGGCUAUACUAUCCAGUAACAUCUUAAGACAUUACUUACGACGAUCUUAAAGUAAGAAUAAACUAGGAAUACCGCCUUCGGCCAUAUAAAGUUUCGCACAUGGUUUACGCUUGUGAAAUAAACUUUUGUAAAUUCCGCUCUACGUCGCCAUGUUAUUAUUUAGUUCCUCAAAUUUACAUAGGUGGCGGUAGAAUAUAUCAAACUUUCGAAAAAAGGACAGAAGACCCAGUUUUCUUUCCCCGUCAGCAUUCUUUUUAGUUUGUUUCUAUAUUUAGUUUGGUGUAUUAAUUUUUAUUAUUGACGUUAUUGCAAUUUUCUCAAUAUAUUUUCACUAAUAAAAAUUAAUUACUGUGAUAUCAUAUAAGGUUAUUACGAAGCAACAAACGGUGGAAAAUGAGUUAUAAUACACGUCUUACAGAAGAGUGUCCUUUGACAAAGGAGAGAAGUUACAAAUAUAGACUCUGCGGCAAUGGGUUGAAAGUCAUUGUUGUCUGCUUUGUUGCAUUGUCUUUUGCCAUUACUACUAUGCUGAUGUUGCAAAUUCUUUACACAGAAACCUUUAUACAGAGUAGCCUUCAUAGCAUUCAUGGAGCAGUCGCCACAGAUUAUCCCAAUUGUUCUCAAAUUGGUACAAAGAUAUUAACAAGAUUAGGCAAUGCAGUUGAUGCUGCAGUAGCAGCUACUAUUUGCAUGGCUGUAGUAGCGCCUCAUAAAACUGGUUUUGGCGGAGGUGGAUAUAUAAUGAUAUAUAAUUAUAAGAAUUACACUCGUCCAAUUGUCAUUGAUUUUGCCAGUAAUACAACCACAGGUUUCUUUGCCGAAGUUGGAAUACGUUUACCAGCAGUAUUAAAAGGAUUAGAGUUUGCUCAAAGAGCAUAUGGCAAUUUGCCAUGGCAUAAUGUCGUAGAACCUAUCAUCGAGCUAACUCGAGAAGGAUUCGUUAUAUCUAAGGAUCUUGCAGAUGAAGUGUCAAAGAAUACAGAUUAUGAAAUAUUUUCCACUGGCCCUUUAAAUCCAGGCGAUAGAUUGCAACUGCAGGAACUUACAAAGAUGUUGGACAUUGUAGCACGUUAUGGUGCAAAAGCGUUAUAUAAUAAUACUGAGAAUUAUAAAAUUCUACAAAAUACUACUCUUAAUGACAAACUGCUGCAACAGUUGGCAAAUUAUGAACCUACUGUAACGAUGGCAGUAAGCUCGACAUUACAUCGUCAUACAAUUUAUUAUCCUGUACACGCGUCUUUUAUGCAAGAAGUGAUCGAAGCAUUGGAAAACCUUCCAAUUUUGGCAAAAAAUGCGUCUACUAUAGAAUCUCAAGUUCUCGUUGCUCAAACGUUGAUGAGCGUAUUUUUGCAAUCUUCUCAAUCUUUGCAAUAUGAAGAAAAAAGAGAAACAUAUACAGGAGUUAUGGCAAUGGAUUGGCAAGACACUUAUGUUAGCAUUUUAACUGGUCUAAGUUCACCUUUCGGUCGUGGAAACAAAAUGGAUGGACUUCCCUUUUUCUUAGAUAAUAUUGAUAACGAUGGUUUGUCCACGUUUAUCCCUAUUAUUUUUCAUCAUAAUGAAAAGUUAUGCGGAUUACGUGGAGUGUUGGGUUCGAACGAUGUUUUUCUUAAUGGCCAAAUUCUCUACAAUCUUAUCGUACGUGCGCUAAAUGUUUCUGCUGCGAUAGAAUAUCCCAGGUACUAUUUUGCAGCCGACGGUAUGGUGAUUGAAAAUAAUCAAAGACAUUCGAUGGAGACUGCAUUGCAAGCUCAAGAUUCCAUAAUGUCAUUAUCUCAUGACGAUAUCUCAUCAAUAAGAAGUGUGAAUGCAAUUGUUAAAAGAAAAGAUUCGCUAUCGAGCCACUCGGAUAGUCGUGGAAAUGGAAUUGCAUCACGAUUUUAAGUCAAAUACGCCUUGUUACAAGCAUUAAAAAAACAUAAGAAAAUCGAUAAUCUCUAAGAAUUUUGGAGAUAUAUAAUGCUGUGAUAUUAGGAAAUAAUGAUAUAUAUAUA